UAUUUUUACAAUAUCUUUGAUAGCGAUUUCUUUUUACCCAGUUUUAGCUUAUGGAUGACAUAAUAAUGUCGAUUUCUUGUUUACCAAAAAUGAAAAAACCAAGAAGUAUUUUUGCGCUAUCAGCUCAAGAUUUACCAACUUUUGGUUUUUUCUUUCUUUUUUUUAUCAAGUCUAAUGUCCAGCGACGCUAAAGCUAAUUAAAACCAACUAUUUCAAUUACCAUCACACAAUUUGAAUCAUACAUAGCCAACUUUGCUUAUGUGUUGCUUGGAAAGGCAAUAUUAUGAAAGCUCUAACAAUGAAAGUUCAAACAAUGAAAGCUCUAACAAUGAAAGUUCAAACAAUGAAAGCUCUAACAAUGAAAGUUCUAUGAAUGAAAGUUUGAACGAUGAAAGUUCUAACGAUGAAAGCUCUAACGAUGAAAGUUCAAACGAUGAAAGCUCUAACAAUGAAAGUUCUAACAAUGAAAGUUUGAACGAUGAAAGUUCUAGCGAUGAAAGUUCUAAUGAUGAAAGUUCUAACGAUGAAAGCUCUAACAAUGAAAGUUCAAACGAUGAAAGCUCAAACGAUGAAAGUUCUAACGAUGAAAGUUCUAACAAUGAAAGUUUGAACGAUGAAAGUUCUAGCGAUGAAAGUUCUAACGAUGAAAGCUCUAACAAUGAAAGUUCUAGCAAUGAAAGUUCAAACGAUGAAAGUUCUAACGAUGAAAGUUCUAACAAUGAAAGUUCUAGCGAUGAAAGUUCAAACGAUGAAAGUUCUAACGAUGAAAGCUCUAACGAUGAAAGUACUAGCGAUGAAAGCUCUAACGAUGAAAGUUCUAACGAUGAAAGCUCUAACAAUGAAAGUUCAAACGAUGAAAGUUCUAACGAUGAAAGUUCUAACAAUGAAAGUUCUAACGAUGAAAGUUCUAGCGAUGAAAGUUCUAACGAUGAAAGUUCUAACGAUGAAAGUUCUAACGAUGAAAGUUCUAACGAUGAAAGCUCUAACAAUAAAAGUUCUAGCGAUGAAAGUUCUAACGAUGAAAGUUCUAGCGAUGAAAGUUCUAACAAUGAAAGUUCUAGCGAUGAAAGUUCUAACAAUAAAAGUUCUAGGGAUGAAAGUUCUAACAAUAAAAGUUCUAACGAUGAAAGUUCUAACGAUGAAAGUUCUAGCGAUGAAAGUUCUAACAAUGAAAGCUCUAACAAUGAAAGGUCUAACGAUGAAAGUUCUAACGACGAAAGUUCUAGCGAUGAAAGUUCUAACGAUGAAAGUUCUAGCGAUGAAAGUUCUAACGAUGAAAGUUCAAACGAUGAAAGUUAUAACAAUGAAAGUUAUAACAAUGAAAGUUCUAACAAUGAAAGUUCUAGCAAUGAAAGUUCUAGCGAUGAAAGUUCUAACGAUGAAAGUUCUAGCGAUGAAAGUUCUAACAAUGAAAGCUCUAACAAUGAAAGGUCUAACGAUGAAAGUUCUAACGACGAAAGUUCUAGCGAUGAAAGUUCUAACGAUGAAAGUUCUAGCGAUGAAAGUUCUAACGAUGAAAGUUCAAACGAUGAAAGUUAUAACAAUGAAAGUUAUAACAAUGAAAGUUCUAACAAUGAAAGUUCUAGCAAUGAAAGUUCUAGCGAUGAAAGUUCUAACGAUGAAAGUUCUAGCGAUGAAAGUUCUAACAAUGAAAGCUCUAACAAUGAAAGGUCUAACGAUGAAAGUUCUAACGACGAAAGUUCUAGCGAUGAAAGUUCUAACGAUGAAAGUUCUAGCGAUGAAAGUUCUAACUGA